CUGUGUUCUUCAGCUCUCUCGCUUUCUUUAGUUUGUAGAUUCCUCAAUUUCCCAAACAAUCUCUUUUACGGCAAACGCUCCUUCAUCAUUGUUGCAAUCAUCGUCUCGUCCAUUUGUUCCCAAACCCUAAUUUCAUCAAAAAUCUCAUUGAUUCAUCUCUUUAAAUGAUUUGAGUUUCUCCAUUUCUGAGCUGCAUCGACGACUUUCAUCUUCUCCGGGUCAUAUAGCUAAGCAAUGUCGAAAGAUGGCUCCUCUGUUCGGUUCGUCUCCCGAAACGCUUCGAAGAGCGUAGCAUCGGAAGGAAACGAGAACGAAUUCGAGAACGAAUCGAAUGCAAUUCUUGUUCCACCUCCGAGAACCCCUUUGAACACAAUUCCAGAUCCUGCUCAAUUCCAGAAGGAAAUUGAAGAGUUUGAUUUUGAGUCCAGGGCCAAGUUCGAAGUUAGUAGAUCGCGUCGUUUAUCGGAUAAGAAAAUCGAAGUUUCUUGCAAUGCGGGUGGUUUGAAUUAUGGAACUUCUAGGGUUUCUGGUCGAGGAAAAGCGCAGUCAGAGCCAAACUCUGCACAAAGUACCCCGGCUAGGACUGCUGCAAGGAUUUCGAUUAUUGGAGCAUCUUCAGGGGCUUGUACUGGGCCUCGGCCUCCUCAGCACUCUGGAUCAAGAGGCGGUAGCUCUUCUAGGGUCUAUAGAGGGAUACAGCUUGUGAAUAUUGAGCAAUCCACUGAAGUCCCACAUUUUGAGCUGGUGGAUGAUCCUUUAUUUUGGGAAGAUCACAAUGUUCAGGUUUUGAUAAGAAUUAGACCGCUCAGUAAUGCAGAGAUGAUGUCCCAAGGGUACGGCCGUUGCUUGAAGCAAGAGAGUGCACAGACCUUGGUUUGGCUUGGUCAUCCUGAAACCAGAUUUACCUUUGAUCACAUAGCUUGUGAAACCAUAUCACAGGAAAAACUCUUUAUGAUUGCUGGAUUACCUAUGGUGGAUAAUUGCAUGUCUGGAUAUAACAGUUGCAUGUUUGCCUAUGGUCAGACUGGGAGUGGAAAAACAUAUACCAUGAUCGGUGACAUAUGUCACAGGGAUGGCAACCUAAAUGAAGAUUGCGGGAUAACUCCCCGUAUAUUUGAAUACUUAUUUACAAGGAUCAGAGAGGAAGAGGGGAACAGAAGGGAUGAAAGAUUGAAGUACAGCUGUAAAUGUUCCUUUCUAGAGAUAUACAAUGAGCAGAUAACAGACCUCCUGGAGCCAUCAUCUACCAAUCUGCAACUUAGAGAAGACCUUAAAAAAGGGGUAUAUGUUGAAAACCUCACAGAACAUGGUGUAACCACUGUUAAUGAUGUUCUAAAACUUCUACUACAGGGUGCUGCAAACAGGAAAAUGGCAGCAACCAACAUGAAUAGCGAGAGCAGUAGGUCACACAGUGUCUUCACAUGCACCAUUGAAAGCCACUGGGAGAAAGAUUCCAUGACCCACCGUAGGUUUGGCAGAUUAAAUUUGGUAGAUCUAGCUGGUUCAGAAAGGCAGAAGAGCUCUGGCGCAGAAGGAGACCGUUUGAAAGAAGCAGUGAAUAUAAACAAAUCUUUAUCCACUCUUGGGCUGGUCAUAAUGUCACUGGUGGAUUUAACACAUGGGAAACAUAGACAUGUACCAUACAGGGACUCAAGGCUUACAUUUCUCCUUCAGGAUUCUCUAGGCGGGAACUCAAAGACAACAAUUAUUGCAAACGUUAGCCCAUCUAUUUGUUCUGCCAACGAGACAUUGAGCACUUUGAAGUUUGCUCAGCGAGCCAAACUUAUUCAGAACAAUGCUAAUGUAAAUGAAGAUGCUUCAGGUAAUAUAACAGCACUGCAGCGGCAAAUAAAACAUUUACAGGGCCAAUUAUCCUUUUUGGUGAAGCACUAUGACAUUUCAAAAUCUGUUUCAAGUUUCAUGUCAGCUGAUCAAUGGUCUGGCAUGAGUGAUACAGCUGAUAGAAAUGACUUAUUAGGGGAAAGAAAUAUGUCCGAUGAUCAUAGAACACAAAGUGUCCAAGAAUGGAAGGUUCAGCAAAGGGAAGAAGACAUUCAGCAUGCUAAAAUGAUGCUUAGGUUCCGUGAAGAAAAAAUUAAAAGAUUAGAGCUGUUUGCAGAUGGUUUAAUCUGUACCGACAAGUAUCUCAUUGAGGAAAAUAAUAGUCUGAAGGAAGAGAUACAAUUUCUUCAAGAGAGGAUAGAUAGAAAACCAGAAGUGACACGGUUUGCAUUAGAAUGCAUUAGGAUCCUUGACCAGCUGAAAGCGUUGGAAGCAUUUCAUGAACAAGGAGAGCGAGAAACAUUGCUUGCUGAAAUUUCAGAAUUGCGUGACCAGCUUUUGGAAAGUCUUGAAGGAGACUAUUGCAAGAAUAAAAUUCCUCCAAAUACACAAAAGCAGGAUAUUGAUGAAGUGAAUGAGCUGAAAGACUGCAAGAACAUGAACUGCAAUUUAAUUAGGGAAGUUGAUGCAUUAAGAGCAGAACUGACAAAAUACUAUGACCAAGCUUUUGCAGAUCCCAGAUUCAAUUAUCCAUUGGAAUUUAAAACAGAUAAGCAUUUGUUGGCUGAGACCUUAUCAAUCAGAAGUAAUUCAGGAGAUGAGAUGGCAUGUUAUGACCAGCAAGAGGGUGAAGUUCUGCAGGAUAAAAAUGAUGAGAAGAUUGCUGAUGCAUUAAUAAUGCAGUCUAGUUACCCUCAAAAAGAGCUUAUGCAUGCGAGAUCAUUGACUGAACCAAUGGAAUCUGAGGAGGUCCUCCUAAUCAAAGAUCCACAGUUUAUGCAGGAGAAUUAUAGAUGCAUGGAAAUUGUAAGCAACAAUGACCUGACAGGCAGAGAAUCCAUGUCUCAGCUUGAGAAUUGCUAUAAAGAAACAAGUAACAAUGAAAAAUUGGAUUUUUUCUUGGGAAGCAGCAAAGAAAUUAGCACAGCAGCUUUGCAGGCUAAGUUGGACAGGAUGUCCAAUGAACUUGAGAAGGCCCGUCUUCUCAACUGCCAAUAUCAAGAGGAUCAGGCAUUGCAGCUAUCUCAGAAGCACCAAUCAGAAUUAGUCUGCGAGCAAGUAGAGAUGGAAACAGCUAAAACAAUUCUCCACUUACAGGAAGAGGUGUCUGCUCUUCAGUCAGAACUUGAGGAGAGAUUGUGUUAUAUGUCUGUGGAAAAUGUGAGACUGAAAGGCAUGAUAGCUGCCAAAGAGAAUGAAAUAAGGGAGCUGUCCUCAGAGUGGGAAAAUGCAACAUUAGAGCUGACAAGUUUUCUUAUGGAAGGUUCUAAAUCCCUCAGAGAUGCCUCUAGUCAGAUAGAAAAUAUUGCUUGUUCAUUUCCUCACGUAAAUGUUUGGCUUGGUGAGCAUAUAGAGAAGGCUGCUAAAGUUUGUGUUGAAAAGGAAGAAACAAUUCUACAACUUCAAAAAAGCCUGGAAAAUGCCCAAGAGAUGGUAUGGGAGAUGGAACAAAAAUUAAAUUCCUUGAAGGGAGCAACAGUUGCUUUAGCUGAGGUUCAUCAUGGAGAAAGCAAUGCAAGCAUGAAGGAGACAGUUCAAUUGAGUACAGUGUCAAAUUCUAAGAUCAAGAUGAUAGAGAUGUCAAAGAACAAACUCAUGUACAAAGAGGGUCCGACUACUGAAGCAGUCAAUAGUGCCCAGUCCAUAUUCCUGGAGGAAAAAGGACUGUCUGAUUGUGCAGGAUUUUCUCUCAGAAACAAUAUCAAAGGAUGUGUUCCCAUGUUAAAAUUGGCUAUUUCACCUGAAAUGAGUAGUGACCUACAAAUUUCUGAGAUGAAUGUUCAUGGAAAUGCUUUGACACUAGAAGAUAUUGACAGUCAAGUUCAGAUGGCAAGGAUGGUACUGUUGGAAAGUCAGAGUGCUAUUUAUGAAUCUUAUGCAAAUACGGAAAUGUAUAUAUCAGCCCUCAGAAGUGACAUUGAUGAAUUGUCUUCUCUUCAUAGACAGUUGGUUCUGGACUUUCUCAAAAAUAUCCAAGAGAUGAGGAAAAACUUUGUGGAGUUAAAUGAUAGCUGUAAAAAUUGUCAAUCACAGGAAGUUGGAAUUUCUUCAGUGGAAGGUUCGAAGCAUGAAAACCUUUAUUUUCUGCUUCAUCAAAUAAGAGAGGAGCUUGUUCAGGCAAAUGACAGUCUGAAUGUAGUAAAAGCUUGGAGUGAUAAAAUAUUAAAUAUGAAUGAUCUCCCAGUAGGAGCUGAAAAUCUAGUAGAAAUAGAUAAAUGGAGUGUGGUUUGUUCUACUUCAGACUCUGAUCUUUCAGCUGAAUGUGUUGCUCGAAAAAAGAAUCCAGAUUUAUCCUCAUCUACUUGGUGCUAUGAUUGUCCUGGAGAAAUAACUGAGUGGAAUUUGGAUUUAGAUUUUGACAGAGGCUCAAUUUUGUCAACUGAUGAUCAUGAAUCAGAGGAGUUGGAAGGGCUUCUCAAAGCUUCAACACAUGAUGAAACAACAAUCUUGUGUUUGAGAAAAGAACUAGAGAAGGCCCGAUAUGCUUUUAAUAAGUUAAAUAUUCAGUUAGCCACACUAAUCAAUGAGAAGGAAAUUCGAGGUUGCUCUUACACUGCAGUAUGUUUCCAUGAAUCACUUGGUUUUAUGAAUCAUGGUGAACAACCUGCAGUUAAGAAUGGACUUAAUCAGCAUAAAAAAUUGGAGUUCAUCACUAAUGAGAAAAUUAAUGAGCCUAGUAACUUCUUCACCAAAUUUGAGGAGGCCCGGGUAACCAUGAAAGAAGCUGACAUUAUGUUAAAUGAAUUGCUGAAGGCAAAUGAAUAUGAGAAACAAUUGACUGGUUUCUGGAAACAAGCUGGUGAGGAGUUGAUGAUGGAGAAAACAAGCUUGAUUAAUGAAAUUGAACAACUAAAGUCUGUGAUCCAUGCAAAAGAUGGAGAGAUUGAAGAACUGCAGAAUCAGAUUCAUUAUGGUUUUCAAGAAACAGAAAACUCAGUAUCCUUACUUGAGGGUUCUUUCCUACACAUGCAAGGAGAAGUGGAGGAAAUGUAUAAGUCAAUACAUUGUGAUGUGGUAAAAAUGGCACAAGAUGUACUGCAUGGCAUUUGCAACUCAAGAUCAUAUUUGGAAGACAUUUGCUCGGACACAAUGGAGCAAAGAUUUUCUUCAUUUGUGCAGUACCUGUGCCAUGUUGAAGGAUUUUUCCGCAAAUUUCCCAGCCGCAUUGUACAUACUGGCUUAAAUCAAGACGAACUCCAAGAAAGCUGUUUAGCAACAAAUGAGACAGGAAGUAAAAAUGACAUUUUGGAUUGUGGUGUGAAAGGAGCAAAAGGGGAUCACAUGGCAAUGUUCAAAAUAUUGGAAGAUUUGGAGUCUGCCACAGCCCCUGAUAAUUUGAUGGGUGAGUAUGUGUUGCUAAAGAAAGAGUUGACACGGAAAGAAGCUGUAUUGAAGGGUUUGUUUUUUGAUUUUAGCUUGUUGCAAGAAUCAGCUUCCACCAUAAAGGACAUGAAAGAUGAGAAUGCUAGAUUAAUUGUGACUCUGAGCCAAGUGCAGCAAGAGCUAAAGAUGAAAACUGAUCAACUCAAUGAUGUACUAUCUGAUCAUGCAAAACUUGAAGAUCACUUGGCCAACACAGAAGCUGCUUUGUUUAUCUCAAAUUCUGAUCUGGAGCAGGCUAAAGGAACAGUAGACGUUUUAACUGAUCAAAUUGCUGAGUUAAGGGUGCUCUUGAAGGAUAUUUACCUGAGAAAAUCAGAAGUUGAGGAGCAAUUGGAAGAGCAGAGGGAGGUAGUCCAAAGUUUAGAAAAAGAAAUUCUUCGUACAAAUUCUUCAGUGGAGAAUGGCCUCACUUCAAUUGAAGAUAUUGAAGACGAUUUGAGGAGAGUCACUAUUGAAAGAGAUCAGCUCCAAGAAGAUGUAUGGUCUCUGCAAGAUAAGCUUGAAAUGGCCUACUCAGUAGCUGAUGAAAAGGAAGCGAUUGCUGUUGAAGCACGGCAGGAAUCAGAGGCAAGGAAAGUUUAUGCUGAGCAGAAGGAAGAGGAAGUGAAGAUUCUAGAACAUUCAGUCCAAGAGCUUGAGUGUACCAUUGAUGUAUUGGAGAAGAAGGCAUAUGAAAUGGAAGAGGAGGUGCAAAAACAUAAGUUAAUAAGAGAUUCUCUAGAACUGGAACUCCAAGCACUGAAGCAGAGAAUGCUAACAGUAGAAGGCUUCACCGAAAAUAUGGGUUCUGAAAGCUCAGAUGUUGAGCAGCAACCUCAUUAUCAAAUUUUAAGGCAACUUCAAAAUAAAUCCCUGGAACUUCUUGAGGCAAAUAAGCAGAUAAGUGUUCUUGAAGAAGAAAUAGUAGAACAGGCUAAAGAGAUGAAGCAAUGUAAAGAGUACAUCUCUGAACUAAUUUUGCAUGCAGAAGCACAAGCGUCGCAAUAUCAACACAAGUACAAGGAGUUGGAGGCAAUGGUUCGUGAAGUGAAAAGCAAUUCAUCAACUUUGACAUCUGCAACAUUGACAUUAGACAAAAGUGAGAAAAUCUCAAUGAGGCCAAGGGGUUCUAGCUCACCAUUCAGGUGCAUUGCAAGUUUGGUUCAGCAGAUGAAUGUAGAGAAGGAUCAGGAGUUGGCAAUGGCCAGGCUUUGUAUAGAAGAGCUAGAGGAAUUAGCUGCUAGUAGGCAAAAAGAGGUAUGCACGCUAAAUUCUAGACUGGCUGCUGCAGAAAGCAUGACACAUGACGUGAUUCGUGAUUUACUUCGUGUCAAAUUAGACAUGACUAAUUACGCUGACUUGAUAGACCAAUAUCAGCUACAAAAGAUAGUGGUGGAUGCUCAGAUACAUGCACAAGAAUCUGUUGCAAUGGAGCAAGAAAUUCUGAAUCUUAGGAGGCAGAUCAAUGAUUUAGUAGAGGACAGAGAAAGAUGCAUUUCAGAAUUGAACAGAAGACAAGCAGAUGUACUUGCUAGCCAAGUCACUAUUGAACAAUUACAGGAACGUGAACAGUUACUCAUUGCACAAAAUGAAAUGUUUAAGGUUGAUAAUGGCAAUUUAAAGAGGAAGACAGUGGAACUGGACGAGAUGUUGAAGAAAAUAUUUCGAGCACAAAAUGUUCCUCCUCGAAUUCAGAAGCAGAUGAAUAUCAAGGAAUGCAGCAUGUUGAAGUGGCAGAGUGGUACUGCUCUUCAAAAGCAGCUGGAAAAUAAACCAGAUGGCAGAGAGGAACGGGACAGAUUGCAAGGGCAUGCCACAGAAAGAAGAAUCAGAAGGACCAGUUUUGAUUAGAUUGGUGAUUUUUUGGAGGCAUCUCCUUGAGAGAGCAAACUUGUCGAGGCUACUCUUCCAGACUAAUAAAGGUUGGGCGUUUUCAUAUUUUGGGGCCGACAACGAUUUGCAAGUUUAAAAAUUACUAUUUGGAUUGUUGACUGAUUGUCCCUUUUUGAUGGGGAUAGUGUGUGUAAAACUGUUGUGAGAUGGUGUGUUAUUUCCAGUAGUAUAAUUUUUGUGGCAUUUGGUUUGGGCUUUGGC